GCUGCAGGAUCUGUUCCAGCAGGAGAAAGGCAGAAAGCGUCUCUCUGUGCCCCCCAGUCCGGGCCGGGGAGGCAGGCAGACCAACACUGAUGAAAGCAAGAGCACGCUGGACUCGUCCCCUCGUAACCCGUCCCCUGUGGUGCAGAACGGAGAGAAAGAGGACCGUCACCUCUGCCCCAUGCCCUCCACCUCCUCCUCCCUGCUGCCGUCACCCGGAGACCCCGCAGCUGAGCCCGUCACACCUGGUCCCUGUUUCUCUGAGCCGGACUCCCUCAGCAUCCCAGAAGAUGUGUUUGAUGGACACCUGCUGGGCUCCACUGACAGCCAGGUCAAAGAGAAAUCCACCAUGAAGGCCAUCCUCGCCAACUUUCUGCCCGGCAACAGCUACAACCCCAUCCCCUUCCCCUUUGAACCAGACAAACACUACCUGAUGUACGAGCACGAGCGGGUUCCCAUCGCCGUGUGUGAGAAGGAGCCGAGCUCCAUCAUCGCCUUCGCUCUCAGCUGUAAGGAGUACAAGACGUCGCUGGAUGAUCUGUCCAAGGUGUCCAACGCAGGCGGGGACGAGACUCCACAGGUGGUCAGCGGUACGGAGAGUCGAGCAAAGAGCAGCCCAGCCCGACCGAGCGAGUCCACCUCGUCUCAGCAGAGCAGGAGCAGCGUGGACGCAGACCCCCUCAAGGACGCAGAUUUAGGAGACAAGCAGAAGAAGCAGACGCUGAAUCCUCACAUCGAGCUGCAGUUCUCUGACGCCAACGCUAAGUUCUACUGCCGGAUCUACUACGCCGAGGAGUUUCAUAAGAUGAGAGAGGAGAUCAUGGAGAGUCCAGAGGAGGACUUCAUCCGCUCGCUGUCACACUGCGUCAACUGGCAGGCGAGAGGAGGGAAGUCUGGAGCGGUGUUCUACGCCACAGAAGACGACCGCUUCAUCCUGAAGCAGAUGCCCCGGCUGGAGGUCCAGUCCUUCCUGGACUUCGCCCCUCACUACUUCACCUACAUCACCGGAGCCGUGCAGCAGAAGAGGCCGACCGCUCUGGCUAAGAUCCUGGGAGUUUACAGGAUCGGGUACAAGAACUCUCAGAACAACACGGAGAAGAAGCUGGACCUGCUCGUCAUGGAGAACCUGUUCUACGGACGCAAGAUGGCUCAGGUGUUCGAUCUGAAAGGUUCUCUGAGGAACCGAAACGUGAAAACGGACUCGGGGAAGGAGAGCUGUGAGGUGGUCCUGCUGGACGAAAACCUCCUGAAGCUGAUCCACGACAACCCUCUGUAUAUCCGCUCCCACUGUAAGUCCAUCCUGAGGGCCGCCAUCCACAGCGACGCCUACUUCCUGUCCAGCCACCUCAUCAUCGACUACUCGCUGCUGGUGGGGCGCGACGACGCCACCGACCAGCUGGUGGUGGGGAUCAUAGAUUAUAUCCGCACCUUCACCUGGGACAAGAGGCUGGAGAUGGUCGUCAAAUCUACUGGAAUACUGGGGGGUCAAGGGAAGAUGCCCACUGUGGUCUCUCCUGAGCUGUACAGAGCUCGGUUCUGCGAGGCCAUGGACAAAUACUUCCUGAUGGUCCCGGACCACUGGACCGGCCUGGGCAUUAACUGCUGAGCGGUGCGUUCAGGGUCCACAGAAACACACUCCCUGUCUGACUCUCUAUGCAUUAAUCAGUCCCCGGAUCGACGGACCUUCAUGAGACCAACAAGCUCACGAGGCGGCUGACGAUGUUUGAGAACAGCACAGAUCAUUCCUCACAGCAGCUGCUGCCUUAUCACUCAGCUCUGAUCCCUGAUAUCAGAUCCUAAUUCAUCCUCCUUCAGAUGUCUGUUUUUUAUUUUGUUAGUGCCGUUAGUCCGACUAUUUCAACGGGACCUGCUGAACGCCUUCCGUCUAUGUGUUCGAGUUUGGAUAACAAACUAAUCUGUGUAAUUUAAAGUUUGUAAAUGUACAGAGAUUAUGUAAGUAUUAAAAGAUUAUUGAUGCUGAUUUGUUAAAACCAA